AUGGUCAUGGUGUCUCGCUCCCCCAUCCCGGGCCACCUUUAUCUGCUGCCCACCAUCCACACCCACCUUCUCUUCCUCCUCCUACCUCUUCUCAGUACUCGCCCUCACCGCAUCUCUCACACCCUCCCCAUACCUUCCCUCACCGUCCUCAAGAGCUGCACGCGCCGCCACAUCAGCAGCAGCCGCCGCCACCGCAGCACUUUGAUGACCGCCGACAACAUGAGCCAGAGAGCGCAUCAACAGUACCCGCCUCCUCCUGGAUACCAGCCUCAGAGCCGAGAAUCUAUGGUGAAGAGAGAGUCCGACGACGUCACACUGCCUCAACUCCGCAGGCCCAACUCAACCGGCAACGGCCCCGAGCAGCCUCUCCCGCCUCCCCCUCCGCAUGCUGGCCCUCAUCCUCCGGGCCAUAUGGAGGAGAGGAGGCACAUGAGUUACGACAACGGUCCGGGGCCCCAGAUGUACCGGCAUCAGACAUAUCCUCCCCCACCACCUACCCCGUUGCCGCCGCACCCUCAGCCACCGCCUACCCCCUAUGACCAGAGUCCGAUGUAUCCCCCACCGAUGGGACCAGACGGUCCCUAUCCCAUCACCACGUACACAGCCGCAAGCAAACGGAAAUCGCAAAGAGCUUCGCAGGCAUGUGAAAGCUGUCGACAACUCAAGGCAAAAUGUGACGAGAAUAAGCCCUGCAAAAACUGCACUGACAAGAAUAUAAAUUGUCAAUAUCGCGAUCCAGCCCCCAAACAGCAAGACAAGGCAACACAAGAUAUCUUGGACGCUAUGAAGAGCAUGCUGCAGUCGUACGACGAGAAAUUCAGUGCUGGUUUGGGCGAAGUGAGAUCCGAAAUUCGGGAGCUCAGGGGCGCGAUACAGGUCGGGUCUUCUCACAGCAUGCAGGAACCACCGGAACUGGAUGACUAUGUCAAAGAGGAACCGAGACCAGCAACACCGCAACCGAUUGCGGACGUUGACGAGACAAUGUCUUCUUCUUCGCCCGGUGACGAUAUUGGAGGUGAUGCGCCAGACACACAAUCUUCUGCGGCCAAAAGAAUGCGAAUUUUGGAGAACGAAGAGGAGAAUAUGGAUCCACCUGGCGAACCAGUCCAGCCGCAGCCACCACCAUUUCCUCACAACCAUACGACUCCGGCAGGGCGUCUGCUCAUGUGGCCAGCUGUCAGAAAGAUCGUGAAGCCGUUGCUGGACCGCGAGCGCGUCAAGUAUAUCGAGAUCUACCCGCAGCGAUAUGAGGAAGAUCGCGGCGAACUACCUCUUUUCGGACGCGGCGAAGGGUCAACUUCGCGCUCGGUUGACCGCGAUUCCACGUUGGACUAUAUUGAUAUGGCAGAUGAUUCCUCGGUUGGCGAUCACCCGUCUCCAUCGGGUGGUACCGACUGGGGUCCCAUUGGCGGCUUGUCUCCACAUGGUGGCUUCGCGAACGACUCGCGAAGCCAGACACCCAGAGAAGGCACGUUGGACUUUGACCCUGUGAGGGUCUGGGAAUACGUGAAUGCCUACAUGAAUUACAUCCAGAACAUGCACCCCUUGAUACCUCCGAAGGACCUGAACGCCAUGGUUACCACGUUCCUGGGUGAGGUCAACAGCAAAAAGCAGAAGCCAGUUGCCACAUUCGCCAAUUCACAGCCGUCGUUUGACCACGAAAAGAAGCGCAAACGUUCGCCCGUUCCCAACGGUGUGGAGCCAGGUCCGGCACCGAAAAGACCGAGGCCCCAACGCUCUGUUCAACAUGCCUUGGUCCUACUCGUUCUCGCGCUGGGCAAGAUUUGUACGUGGAGGGAUAGGAAAUUGCCAGAUCCGCCGGAGAAGGAGACACCAAAUUCAGGCUCACCGCUUGUGCGAAAUGGCCACAUUACCUCGCCGAAUCACGGCUCACCACCGUCCAGCGCAGUUUCUCAGUCUCCUGGGCAGGCUGGGCUUCCCUCGCCGAAGGAUCAUGAAAGGCCGGGUGCAAGUCGACGCUCUUCGAUGCAGGCUUCCGGCGUGCAAGCUCCGACCAGUGCCGCUUCACCUGCGCCACCGAAGAAGAACUAUGAAAUCAUACCUGGUCUCGAUUACUUCGCAUUUGCGAGUGACAUCCUAGGCAACCACUUCGGCAGUUACAAACUGAAUUACAUCCAGGCCCACAUCCUCGCCUGUCUGUACUAUGGGCAGCUCGGACGAGUGAUACCGAGCUUCCGUCACAUCAGAUUUGCAUGCUCGGCGAUCAUUGAUAAGCUCCAGCCAUCCAUGGAUCGAUUGAAGAAGGCGGCCGAGUUGGCCUCUCAGAAGGCAAGAGGCGAAGUCCCCGCUGCCGCCCCAGAAAACGAGGGCCCCGAAAUAGAGAGGAAUGUUGUUAUAGACAACAAGCUUCUUGUUGCCUUCUGGUCUUGUUGUCAACUGGAGAGUGACAUUCUCGCUGAGUUGAACCUGAUUCCCUCGGGCAUCCUUCAAUACGAAGAGAUUUUACCAUACCCAGACCUUAUGGUGCUGCAAGAAAAGCUGGGCUUCUCGGAUGCUGUUGCGUUCAGCUACGCCGCCCAGCUAUACUUGCGGAAACGGCUCAACAGAAUAUCAGGGUCCCUCUAUGAUCCCCAGAAGAGGCCUGACGCUAAAGAGCAGAAGAAAAUUCUGGAAGAGAUUGAAGAGGAUCUGGGGAGUCGAAGCAACGUGUGGCUAGGAAUGUAUAAGUUUGACAGAAACGACCCGCCAGCGAGAGAUAUUCUGUCGGCACGCAUCCGGGCCAAAUUCUGGGGAGCCAACGUCAUCACCUAUCGCCCAUCGAUCAAGACGGUCCUAGACUUUUCGCAUAAGCGCAGCAAUGCCUUCUCAGAAGACUCGGAGCGAGCCAUUCCGCAUGAAGACGCUAGCGGUUGGGCCACGGUAAGAAGCGAUGCGAGGAGUCCAAGCGAUAUCGACGGUGUCGUUUUCGAGAACGCAAGGAAGGGGAUCGAUGCCGUUAUCAAGAGCACUAUGGCUUUUCAUGGCCUGGAGGACAAACGCUUCAUCAUCACCAACGUGUUCGGAACGGCACACGCGCAAUGGGGCAACCUCAUCACACUCGCUGCCGCUUACCAUGAUCCGCUCCUUGGGGAUUAUGUCGACGAACGACAAUUACGACAACUACUUAGGAAGACGAUUGAGUUUUUUGAGAUUGUGGCUCAGGACUCGAGCAGUCUGGCAGUUGACCUUCGGGUUUUACAGGGUUUGGAGGAAAGACUGCCCUCCAAGGAGCAGUUGCGCACGAGGCCGAGUCUCAUGCCACCGGCACCUUACGAAAACCUCCCAAUGCCGUCCUACGCAUCCAGCGGACCGACACCUCAAUCAGCAGCAGGUCCUAGUCCGAUCACACCAGGUGACAUGACCCAGGGUCAUCCUACUCCGAUGGAGUACUAA